AUGGAACGCAAACUCUCCCAGAAAGCAGCGCAGAUGCGCCAGCGCCUAUUCACCCGAAAUACUCACGGUCGAAGCCGUGCAGCAACCAUGAAUUCGUCUGCCCCAGCAAUCAGCACACCAAACAGUCGAUCCCGUUCAGCAACAACACCCGAUUUCUCCGUCCCAGUCCAGCUUGCGUGGGACAACACAGAUGCAACCCGAUACUACCAUUUCACAGACGAGCCAGGGUACUUCCGGCCUGCAUCACCAUUACUAGACCGCCAAGAAGUGGAGGAAGACCUAGAGGACAAUGUGAAACACGCAUGCGCUUUGCUGGUUGAGUGUAUUGAGCGUGGUUUACCUAUCUGGCCAUCAUUCCAUACCCAGCAAAAUGGCCUGGCCCAAGCUCCAGUAUAUGAAACACGGUCAAAUUUGCAGGAUCAAAUGACUCAAUUAUCACUUUCACCUGUCGCAUUGGAUACAUUGAUCCCUGCGCAAACAGGACACUGGGAUUCGGAUGUGAACGCGACUCUACAAUCUUCCGGAAAUUAUGGUCCUUGUCAAAAUAGUUUCAAUGUCUUAUCGGGGGCGGGUCGUUUCUACGGUCGACGAUUAUCGACCUCACCACUCGAAGAACCGGAAUUAGAUGAAGAGCGCGGUCGAGCUAGAGGACGAAGCUUCGCUACCGAUACUACAUGUCCCCGAUCUCGAUCUCGAUCUCGCUCUCGUUCCUCUAGUCCAGGUGAUUUCCCAUACAGUCCACCACAAGUACUAGAUACUGCCUGGGGACGCGAUACAACACAGAUAUUCGAAUCAGAUGACCAACUAUUCCCUACUGAAGAUGGCUUUCUCGGCGCAGAGGGUAUGAACUGGCUUCGCGCAAGUUUGGAUCAGAAUAACAGCGACCGGGAAAGCGAUUGGGCAUCUAGCGCACAGAUCAAGAGAGGCUGCAUGACUUCAGCCCCUAAUACAGCUUCCGGCCCGGCCCCACGCCGCUUCUACAGUAUGCGUCAAUCAAAUAAAUCGAAAGAUGUCCCGACAAAAGAUUGGGAUGCGUUUGAGGUUCAUGGGAGUCGGGAAUCCGGGAUUUAUCGUGGUUUAUCGAUGAGGAACCUCUCGAUGGAGGAGGAGAGGAAACGUGCGAAUGAUUUUUCUUAUCCUGUUUGGAUGGAUCGAGGAUCUGAUUCACCGAAUGGAGAUUUACUGCGUGGAAAGCAAAGUUUUUAUUCCGAAGUACAGGAUGGAGGUCGACAGCGACGCAAACGCGCGUCGGAGUUGUUGAAGAAGUUGACGGGGUUGGGGAUGAGGAGGAAAGAUACUGAUGUGGAGAGUCGGAGACCUGGGAGGACUGUUGAAGCGAUGGCGUGA